UUAUAUAAACCCCCGGUCUCCGUCCUCAGCUUCAUUCAUUUCGCUCAACGAUUGUUUCGACACCUCGAACCGAAGACUCGACUCUUUCAAAUCACUAUUUUGGACUACCGAACCAAGACAGAAGGAUGAAAUCUGCUUGUCUCGUGUCUACCCAGACGCAUUUCUCCGGAGCUCCGGUUUUUAGGUCAGCUCGGAUGGAGCAGCAGUCACCGGUCAGCAGGCCUGUCCUGUGGAGACCCUGGCUUGUGACCGAUCAGGACCCGUGUACUGUGAGCUGGAGGAGCAAGCUCAUCUGUCCUUAUUCCCGACCAGUGGUGCCAAGCAACACCAUGGCAGAUGGCAAAACUCAGCCUUUCCAGCACCCUGUCAGACUGUUCUGGCCGAAAUCCAAGUCAUAUGACUACCUCUACAGCGAUGGUGAAGCACUGCUGAGAAACUUCCCAGUCCAGGCAACUAUCUGCUUCUAUGACGAGUCUGACAGCGAGGAUGAGGAGGACGAACAGGACGACUGGGAAGACGAUGACGACGAUGAUGACGACAAAGAGUGCCUCAAACCUCAGAGCCGUUCUUGCAGCCAUAACUGAAUCGUGCUUAAACUUCUGAAACAAAUACACACGAAGAACAUCGGACAUUCUGUCAGGACUGUCUAGUCACUGAGAAGACAUCCCAACAAACUACAGCCUGCAUAGUUCUAAAUAUUAUCACAAAACACCUUUUCCUAAAGGACAAGAGAACAUCUUCAGAACUGGGCGG